AUGGCGGCUGAGGUUACAGCUGCAACGUCAUUAAAACAAACGGAAAUGGAUGUGAACCAUCAAAAGCGCCACAUAAAUAAAGCGUCAAUAGCGGCUGGGUCGAUUAAGCGAUUGGCACGUCACAUUGCACAAGGUCAGCAACAUCAUGGACAACAGCAAGAACAGCACCAGCAGCUCCAGCACCAACAUCAGAUACAUUCAGAUUCCGAUACAGCUCAACAGUCAACGGAUGAUGGUAGCAACUCCAUAAAAAGAAGUUACUCUUCGUUGGCUGCAUCCGCAGCUGGUGGCAGUUCGGGAUUGGCAUCCACUCUAAAUAGUCUUUCAAGUUUAUCGGCUUUACAACACAUUAGAAGCAGUUCGGGAAUUGGUGGCGGUGUUGGUUAUGGUUAUGAUACAACAGCAGCAGCCCACAUUAAAACACAACAACCAUCAGCAUACACGGAGGCGAAGCCCAUCUAUGAAGACCAGCAGGAACAUGAGUAUGCAGCAACGAGUGGCCCUAGUCAUCAACUGCAACAACAUCAAUAUGGUUUGGGUGGCAAUGCAGCUUUACACUCAGCUAUUUAUAAUUUACAGGCAGCCGGAACGCACAAUGCAGGUCUGGGAGCCACGUCAGUCAGCGCAAAUAAUGGCGGAAGUAAUGGUUUCCGGCCAUCAUGGAACUUUGGUAAACUUUCAACAUCAUUUUCAGCUUCGACAGUUGCGUCAACACCUUACAAUAGUUAUCAUCCGUACGCAGGGGCUAAAGGUGGUAGUGGUGGUGGCGGCAUUGAGGGUGGCAUUAGCCUGGAUAGCUCCAUCAGUAGCAGUAAUGAGGACAAAAUCUCUGAAGGCAAUUUUCUGCAUCAUUACGAUUCUGCAUCCGGUUACAAUGAACUCACGCAACAAACUCACCAAACCUAUCAACCGCACUACGAAACUCCGCAUUAUGCCCAGCAACAACAACAGCUACACCAACCACAACAAUACCAGCAGCACUAUCACCGCCAGCACCAGGCCGAUGACUACAAUUACAACAGUGUCGAACAGGCAGCCGAGAGUAGCUCAUCGUAUGGCGAGGACAUACAGCAGGCCCACGAUCACAGCAAUUAUUUGCCACCGACUCCACCCAGCGGUGCUGGCGAACAUCACGAAGAGAAGCAACCCGAUGUCAUCAACUAUGUUCCGUAUCCGGUUGUGAAGAAAUUGCAUGUGCCCGUCCACGAGCCGGUGCAAAUACCCGUGUCGCAUGCCGUCAUUAUUCCGAUUAAAAAACCUGUACCCAUUCACGUGCCCAUCACACAAAACGUACAGAUUCCGGUUGAGAAAGACUUGAAAAUACCCGUCGAACGUGUUGUACCCUAUCCGGUGGAGAAGCAUGUGCCGGUUCCAGUUGAAAAGCCUGUACCGUAUGAGGUGAUCAAAUAUGUGCCCAUUAAAGUUGCCCGCCCAUUUCCCGUGAAAGUGCCCGUUUUCAAAACGGUAUUGCAUAAAGUCAAAGGAUGGUGGUAA